GCACUUGUGUUUUCUAUUACAAAUUCAGAGUUGUGAGUCUAUAGUGAAAUCAGAGUUGGUGGACCCAUUGUUGAGGUUCAAUUAGUAAUUGAUCUUUCUCGUGGUGGGAAAUAUUUAAACAAAAGAUCAUUGCAAUGAGGUGCAGAAUAACUAAUUGAAUAUUAGAGGAGAGAUUAUUAUAUAGCAAUGCCACUUGCAACUAGAUAUAAUACCAUUAUCGGUAAACAAACACAAAUCCAAAUCAAAACCACAACAAGGCAGAGAUAAAGAAAGAAAGAAACUUUAUUAUGUAUAAAUGGCCGGUUUCUGGAGAAUUCUAUUUGGCAGCCACCAGCAACAGCCAGCGCCAGCAGAUCUUUUUCCCCUUUCACAAUUUCCUCUCCCACCUCCAAUUCCUCCAGUCGAAGGACAGUAGGACACAGGAGAAAAGGUGGGAAAGCUAGUGGAUUUUAGCUCUCUCUCUCUCUCUCUCUUUCUUGGUCUCGUCCCUUUCUUCUCCCUUCUUUACGCUUCCCUUUUUCACUUCCACGGAAAGCCCAAAAAUGCUAACAAGCCAACUUCUCACUCCAUUUCUAAAACAAGGUUUUGGGUUUGCUCUGUUUUGUUGAGCGUUCUAUUGGGUUCUUGUUUGUUGUAAUUUGUCGACAAGAAAAAAGGGGUGAAGGUUUGGACUUCGUUGAGAACGGAAACACCAAUGGCGAAUCUUGGAGAGAAUGGCAGCAUAAGUAGUGGCAGGGAUUUGUACGGAGUUUUGGGUUUGCGCAAGGAAUGCUCUACCUCUGACCUCAGGAAUGCUUACAAGAGACUUGCUCUGAGAUGGCAUCCAGAUCGUUGUUCAGCUUCAGGAAACUCGAAGUAUGUUGAAGAAGCUAACAGCAAGUUCCAGGCAAUUCAGCAGGCAUAUUCUGGUACUUCCUCUCUUCUUCCUUAAAACCGUCUUAAUCAGUAGAAAAUUUGUGUUGUAUCAUGUAUGAAAACCAAAAUUUUGUUCUCAAUACGGCACGCCAAGUUGGCAAGUUGAAUUAUAUUAAAAAAGUUGGAGAUUUGGCAAUAGAAAGUUUGGGGGACUUCUGGUGGGUUCUUCUUUGUCUGGUUCUGUCUUGUUUUCUCUAUCCCCAAUUCCCAACGCUUCUAUUGUGUUUGUUUGCCGCUUCUUUUGUUUACAAAACAGUUCUGUCUGAUGCCAACAAGAGGUUCCUUUACGACGUCGGAGCCUACCAUAGUGAUGAUGAUGAUGACGAAGAUGGAAUGGGUGAUUUCCUGAAUGAAAUGGCUGACAUGAUGAGCCAAACUGAACCUACUGUGGAGACUGGGGAGGAGAGUUUUGAGCAGCUGCAAGAUUUAUUCAAUGAAAUGUUCAAUGUUGAUAUUGAGUCAUCAUUUGGAGCUUCUUCCUCCCUCGAUGCUUCCUCGUCUUUAUCGUCAUCAUCAACUUCCUCUGCAGCUUCCUACACGUCCUACUUCCAGAGAUCUAACUCCACUCAUGGAAGCAGCAGCCCUGAGCUCAAAGUGGGGAACAAUGGCAUGAAGGAUUCACUCAACCAAGCUUCUCACUUUCAGAACUUCUCUCUAGGGGUAAGCUACCACUCUUGUCUUCAGUGUCAUGAAUUCAACCCCGCUCUAUAGAAUUGUUGAUGAGUGACUGCACGAUUUGGUUUGGUGCUCUGGAGUUGGAAUUCCUGGUAGCUUAAGUGAGACAUGUUUGAAGUGUUGAAGAAUGUGACAGAGUGUUAAGAGUCACUAAUUUAGAUGUGUGUUGCAGAACAAAUGGUCACCUCACUGUUCACGUUGUAUCCAAAUAUAGUUCACUGUUCGCAUUGUCCUUCAUGAAUUAGGGUCAUUGCCCUCCAUGAGUCCCAAGCAUCAAGGUAUUUGUAUCUAUGAGCUUGUGCGAGGAAGAGGCCCAUAAAACAUGUUCAAGUGUGGUCCUCAGUUUGGAGCUUCCCACUGCUUCCGAUUUUCAUAAUACGAAAAACUCGAGUAUGAUUGGGCAUCUUAACUUAAUCCAUUAACACAUAUGCGCCAUUGUGUUUCCUGUUAAUGAAGACAGGUGGAAAACCGGAAGGAUUUCAAGAAGGGGGUGGCAGCAAGAGGAGGAAAAAUUCUAGGAGGGGUCGACGGUAGAAGGAGCAAGCAAGGUAGGAAACAGAAUGUGUCAUCGUUUGGCCAUAUGUCCAGUGACGACUUCAUGUCCAUGCUUGGUCAAGGAUGGUGAGAUGCAGCAAUUGAUCGAUUCAGCCUGGCUAGUAUGUCUGCUCCAAGUAAUGUAGCUGGAAGGCCUAACCUAAUAUGGACACAAGAAGGCGAUGCAGAAGCAAAGCAGCAGCCAGAAAGGAAGGGAUUCAGCAAAUGGAGGGAAGUGUUUAUCUUGUAACAAAAAGAUAAAGAGUGUUGCCUGUCUGGCAAAUGCUGCUGCAGAUCUUGUGUGCCUCUCCACCUUGUCUAAGUUGUAAAAGUGGCUCUUGAAGCCUGCUGAUCAUUAUUGUGUUUCUCUUAGUGUCAAAUUAGAUAUAAAGGAAUGAUUUAAGAAACAGCGUUUCUGCCAAUGCUUAUUUGAGCAUCUUUUUGCGUUCAAAUUGAGGUAGGAAUGGAUGAACUCAAGUCUAACAUAGGUGGAUUAGCAAUCGGUCAGACAGUACACGAAAAAGUCAUUCGAAGAGGUGAUUUC